GUAAAUCACAACCGUAUCCCUACACUCAGAAACAAGCUACAAACACAAUGGCAGCAGCAGGCGUUCACGAAGGUGGCAUCAGACCAUACUUUGAACAACAAAUCCAAGAUACAGAGAUCAAGAUCCAGUCCACCACACAGAACUUGCGCCGUUUGGAAGCCCAGCGUAACAAAUUGAACACCAAAGUCAGACAGUUGAAAGACGAAUUGAAGUUGUUGCAGGAGCCGGGCUCGUACGUCGGAGAGGUUGUCAAAGUGAUGGGCAAGAAGAAAGUGCUUGUGAAGAUCCACCCUGAGGGCAAGUAUGUCGUGAACAUCGCGAGCGACAUUGACGUCAAAAAGUUGACUCCUUCAUUAAGAGUCUGUCUCAAAUCCGACUCCUACGAUUUACACAAGAUCUUGCCAAACAAAGUUGACCCGUUGGUCUCGUUGAUGAUGGUGGAGAAGGUGCCUGACUCCACCUACGACAUGGUGGGUGGUUUGGACAAACAGAUCAAGGAGAUUAAGGAGGUUAUCGAAUUGCCCGUCAAGCACCCGGAGUUGUUUGAAAGUUUGGGGAUUGCCCAGCCGAAGGGUGUCAUCUUGUAUGGGCCACCGGGCACCGGGAAGACCUUGUUAGCUCGUGCUGUGGCGCACCACACCGAGUGUAAGUUCAUCAGAGUGUCUGGUUCCGAGUUGGUACAAAAAUACAUCGGUGAGGGUUCCAGAAUGGUCAGAGAGUUGUUCAUUAUGGCCAGAGAGAACGCCCCGUCGAUUAUCUUUAUGGACGAAAUCGAUUCCAUUGGUUCUUCCAGAACUGACGGCUCCAGCGGUGGUGACUCCGAAGUUCAGAGAACUAUGUUGGAGUUGUUAAACCAGUUGGAUGGCUUUGAAAGCUCCAAGAACAUCAAGAUCAUCAUGGCUACCAACAGAUUGGACAUAUUGGACCCAGCGUUGUUGAGGCCAGGUAGAAUCGACAGAAAAAUCGAGUUCCCGCCACCGUCUGUGGUUGCCAGAACCGAUAUUUUGAAGAUUCACUCCAGAUCCAUGAACUUGACCAGAGGAAUCAACUUGAAGAAGAUUGCGGAGAAGAUGAACGGCUGUUCGGGUGCCGACGUCAAGGGUGUGUGUACCGAGGCCGGUAUGUACGCCUUGAGAGAGAGAAGAAUCCACGUCACUCAGGAAGAUUUCGAGUUGGCUGUGGCCAAGGUCAUGAAUAAGAACGACGAGAGCGCCAUCUCUCUUGCCAAGUUGUUUAAGUAA